UCCGCGCGCUCCGUCAGCCGCAUCCUCGUCACCAGGGACUUGGAGAGCCUCCAUCAUCACCUCGUCUUUCAUCACCUCCAUCACCUCCGUCAGCUCCAUCAUGUCCGGCUCUAAGGAGGACGACCGGAAGGGCUCGAGCGAGUGGCGGGAAUUCUUCUGGAACCCGAGGACCCACGAGCUGCUGGGCCGGACCGCCGCCAGCUGGGGGCUGAUCCUGCUCUUCUACCUGAUCUUCUACCUGUGUCUGGCGGGCAUGUUCGCCUUCACCAUGUAUAUCAUGCUGCUCACGCUCGACGACUACAAGCCCACCUGGCAGGACCGGCUGGCCACUCCAGGGAUGAUGAUUCGCCCAAAGGGAAACCAGCUGGAGAUCACGUUCUCCACCUCAGACACCGAGAGCUGGGACGGCUUCGUCCACAAUCUCAACUCCUUCUUGUCCCCGUACAAUGACAGCUAUCAGGUUCAGACCAACGAUGAAUGCACACCUGACGAGUACUUCAUCCAAGAGGACAGCGGAGAGGUGAGGAACAAUCCCAAACGUUCCUGUCAGUUCAAUCGGACGAUAUUGGAGGAGUGUUCGGGGGUUUGGGAUCGUUUCUAUGGUUACGACAAAGGACAACCCUGCAUCCUCAUCAAACUGAACCGGGUGAUCGGGAUGUUACCGGGGAAGGACAGACAGUCUCCUUAUGUCACCUGUGCAGCAAAGAGGUACAGAGUGGGUGAAAAUGAGUGGAGGGAGGACAGCGACAAGAUCGGACUUCUGGCUUAUUAUCCUCCUAAUGGGACCUUCAACCUCAUGUACUACCCGUACUAUGGCAAGAAGGCCCAGGUGAACUACACUCAGCCUCUAGUGGCCGUGAAGUUCCUGAACGCCUCUCUGAACACGGACAUCAACGUGGAGUGUAAAGUGACCUCCAACACGCUCGCCGCCGGCAGUGACAGGGACAAGUUCGCCGGACGCGUCUCCUUCAAACUCCGAAUCAACGACAAAUAGACACACACACUGACACAGACACACACACAGAAACACACACAAACACGCGAAAGCUGCACUCAUCCAGAUGUUUCCACUUCCUGUCACAGCCUCACACUGACCAGCUGUAUUUUAUAUUUUCAUGUUGUGUUCACUGACCAAAGUCUUGAUGCGUUUACUGACCAUGAUGAUGAUGCAUUCAGUGACCAUGAUGAUGAUGAUGAUCGUGAUGAUGAUCACUGACCAGGGUCAUGAUGCAUUUACUGACCAUGAUGACAAUGCGUUCACUGACUGUUUAAAGUGUCUGUUUCUCAGUGGCUUCCCUGGUAGUUGUAAACACACAGUUUCUUUCUCUAAUAGGACCCCUCGGUGCAGCUUUAACUCAGACACACCCACCCUCAAACCGACCAAUCAGCACGCACACAUAGUCUGAUGUCACUGCCACUGGAGGCCGGUGACAGGCCAGUGUUCACCUCCAUGGUGGAUCAGUCUGCAUGAAUCAAAGAGAGAAUUAUUGAUCCCUUAAUGUACACUUUAUUGAUUGUUUAUUUAUUUGUUUGUUUACGACGUGUUUGUUUACACUGACAUUCUUUAACUAAAGUCAGAGAUGAGACAUGUGAACACAGAAACAAUCAGACAUCGACUCUGAUUCCCUGUCUGAUGUCACCUUCUUGAUUUCACAGCUGUGUCAUCAGAAAAAACAAUCAUGACCAAUCACAGUAAUUAAUGACCUCAUAGUCAGGUGACUGAUCAAUCAGCCAGUCUGGAGUCAGUUCUCAAUUCUCUGAUAAUGAACCACAUAUUCUACAUCAUUCCCAGUCCAGAAACCACAAACCAGUUCACUAACUGGUUUGUCUUAUCGGCCAUGAUAAAUGUCUCCUCGUUUGUUGCCACGGAAACAGCUGAACUCACAGCCAAUCGGAAGCUAGCUUUAGUUUCCAUUCCCGCAGCUUUAGUGUGAUGAUGUCACCUCGUUUCUUCUUUUCCUUUUUGUGUGGCUGCAGCUGAUUGGCUCCUUAUUUAGAAAAUCAAUUAGUGCUCACCUGGGUGAGUUAGGUUAGUUAACGAGGUAGGAAGUCGUUAAUUUUUGCUUUUGUUUGUUAUUUAUUUGUUUGUAUGUGUGUUUCUGUUUCCACCAUGGGGCUGAGCAUGACAAAACACACACACACACACACACACACACACACAGUCAGUGUCCUCAGCUCCGUCGGGGAAACACCCCCACUUACCUGUACUCCUGUCCACCAAUUGUCUUCCUUUAAAGAAAGGGCCUGACCAAUCAGAGGUUCCUGCUGUAUGAUGUCAUCUACUGUUACCUGCUUGUAACUGGUUGAUUUCUCCUGCCUGAAAAUGUCCUUGUGUUCAAACAGCGAAUUUAAAAAAAAGCAAGAAAUUAAACAACAAAAAAUUA